AUGUUAAAUGCGCGGAAGAACACGCCCAACGCAGACGACAAAAAGGUCGGCUUUGCCAGUCCAGCCUUUCCACCAGGAGAUGAAAUAUACGAGGCCGGUGAGAGUGUCCACAAUGCCUCUGGUGAUCUAGCGAUUGACACGGAGCGUAUGGGAAAAAUCUGCAAGAAGCUCAAAGAACCGGACCUGUGGCCCAAACGAUUCGCUCAGAUCAUCAAAGAACAGCAGAACAACAUUACCAAGAAGAUUAAGGAGAUGACGGCGCAGGAUCUAGCACUGCAGGAGGAGUUUGAUAGAGGAUUCUUGCCGCUCAUUCAGGAAGCUCUUGGAGGAGCCGGGGCCAGCAACGAGGCGUCCAACCUAGCAACCCAGCCCAUUCAUGUUGCGUAUCUCGGUGCCGAAGGACAGCCAUACUGUGAAGCCAUGAUCACUCUGAUGAAACAGGCCGAUGCCCUGAUAUUCGCUCUCGACCAGCUAUCCGCUCGCACCCCUCCACCGUCACGCCUCUCCGACAUCAAUAUGUCGUUCGAGCAAGACAAAGCAGCGGCCGUAGCUACCAUCGAAGCGGGAAGGCGUGUCGCAGAAACAGCAGUCGAGGACCUUCUGGCCGACAGAUUGCAAGAAGUGCGCAGCUCCACUGGUCUUACUGCAGAGGAGGAGAACAGGGGAAAGAUAUUAUUGUCGAAAGGAGUCACAAGCGACACACCAAUACUUGAACCAAUGGGUUGGGGGAAUGUCUCUCGGGACGCUGAACGGGCAUUGAGGAAGCUCUGCUUCGCGGGCGACAUACAUGCAAAAGACCAUUGA